AUGGAGAACUACCAGGAAGGCUUCGAGCCCGAUGAGGCAACCGUCAAGAAAUUAAUCAGGCUGAGUACUAUUUCAAGCAGUUUUGUUCCAAUACUACGUGGGUCAGCUUUUAAGAACAAGGGAGUUCAGCCAUUGCUUGAUGUAGCGGGGGAUUAUUUUCCUUCUCCCAUUGACUUGCCAGCAAUCAAAGGAACUAACCCUGAUGAUCCGGACUUUCCCGAUCCUGUGAUUAAGGGUGCCAUUGAACCCAAGACUAAAGCUGAUGUUGAUAAGACGUCAGCUGGUUUAGUUAAACUUGCUCAAGAAGAUCUAUCUUUCCACUUCUCACAAGAUGAAGAAAUCAACGAGACGGUGGAUGCGAACGUCGGUGCACCAAAAGUCAACUACCGGGAGAGCAUUUCAAGGGUUUCUGAAGUUAAGAACGUUCACCAGAAACAAUCUGGUGGGUCAGGACAGUUUGCUGAUGUUACCAUAAGGUUCGAUCGCAUGGAAGCAGGUGGUGGAUAUGAGUUCAAAAAUGUUCGUGCGGUAUUAGUUGAUGGUUCUUACCAUGAAGUCAAUUCUAGUGUAUUGGCUUUUCAACUGGCUGCUAGAGGAGCUUUCUGGGAUGGGAUGAGGAAAAUCAACAGCUUUGGAGACAAACCUGGUGGCCUCAAAGUGGUUGAUGCAAUGGUGCCUCUGGCUGAGAUGUUCCAGUAUGUGAGUACUCUAAGAGGGAUGACAAAAGGCCGUGCUUCCUGCACAAUGCAGUUGGCCAAAUUCGAUGUUGUCCCUCAGCACAUUCAAAAUCAACUUGCCCGAAGAGGAUGCUGUUGCUGCGUAAUUUUCCCAUGUUUUGAGGUGAAAAACUCUAAAAAAUAG